AUGUGAGGGUCUAACUAUUAUGAAUAGCUAUGAUAGCGUUUUACGACAACGAAAAAGUGAAAUGACCAACGUUGUUCAACCAUUUUGGAUCGUUUAAAUCCCGCGGGCCAAACAUUGACAGUCCUGCACUUGUUCUCACAUGGUAAUAUUCCAUCCAUUUUCCUUACUUUUCGUAUUUUUUGCAAUGUAUCGUUUUUUUGCCACAGCGUUUUUCCGUGAAAUAUGGAAUCGUCCGCUGACAUCUCCUGUUGUCAAAAGGCACGUGUUACGACUGCUCCCUUUCAGCGAUUCCUGCACCUCGUCUAAUUACCGAGUUGCCUCUGCUCGACACCUUACAUCCGGGGGUUCACUAAGAAAAGAUACCACCCAGCCAAAGACGGAACCCUCCGAGGAAAAGAAAAAAAUAGAUUUGGAUGUAUGGAAAUCUAUGAUGAGGUCCCAAGGCACAGAUGGAAAUCAAGGGCAUAAUGGAGAGGAGCCAGGAGGAGAGGACGCCACUCCAGAAGGCCCAGUAACUGAUAAGGACAUACUGGAGGCAACUCGAGAACUGGUCAUGAUGUGGCGACAUGCGGGGAGGACAGUCCCAGAGCAAAUCAGUGAUGAUGAUGCUAUGACACUGGCACAGCUCCCCACCAAGUCCUCAAAGAAAAAGUACCUGAAAUACCUCGCCAUCAAGGAGCGCUACAAGAAGGCCCAUCAGGAAAAGCAGUUGAAGAGGAGAGUUGAGAAGGAGGCAUUGUUGGAGAAGAAAAGAGAAAACAUGAAUGAUGGUGAAACUGGACAGGGACUCAGUAACUCUUUGUUCCUUCAGUUCUGGGACAGCUCCCUGGACAAGCUGGUUGCCUGGAGAAGUGCACAGGCCAUGAUAUUUGGCCAGCCAUUAGUCUUUGACAUGAAUUAUGAGAAAAACAUGAGCCGGCGUGAGCUACAGAAUGCAGUCAACCAGUUUCUGGAGGUGGAAGGUGUGAACCGCCGUUCCUCUGACCCUUUCCACCUUCACCUCUGCAACCUCCAACCUGAUGGGGCUUAUAAGCAUGAGUUGGUCAAACGCUACAGUGCAGAGACCUGGGACCGCUUGAUGAUCACAGCCACGGACCGCCAGCAUGUUGAUGUCUUCCCCCAUGAACGUCUUGUCUACCUUACCGCAGACUCCCCUAACGUUCUCCGCACCUUUGACCACUCCAAGAUUUACAUAAUUGGAGCCCUUGUGGACCGCUCAAUUCAGUCUGGCUUGUCUUUGGCCAAUGCCAAGCGUCUGAAACUAGCCACAGCCCGUCUACCACUAGAUAAUUUCCUUCACUGGGGAUGUGGGGCAAAAAACCUAACUCUUGACCAGAUGAUCCGUAUCCUGCUGACUGUCAAGGACACGGGCAAUUGGGAAAAAGCACUGCAGUUUGUGCCCAAGAGAAAGCACGGUGGUCUCUGUCAACAGCAGUCGGGCGGAAAGAUUUCCAACUACAGAGCUAGAGAAGAUAGAGCCAUACAUCAGUGGAAGGACAAAGAUGGUGAAAGGACAUUAACUGGGUACAAAACUGGUAAUGGAACAUUCAGAAGUGGCGUUAAUAGCUUUUCCAAUUCUUUUAAAGACCAUAAGUUCAUAAAUGUUGACAAAAAGGGGAAAAGAGACAGAACAGCAGUAAGCAAGAUGGCAGGGCAGACUUGUGACAGAGAAAACAAACUGUAUGUCACCAGACUACGGACAUCAUUUAAAAGCAAGAUGGAGAACAUGAAAAUUACAGGCAAGAACAACAAAACUUGAUGGAUGGAAGAAUGACAUCAACCAAAAC